UUCCAAAUUCCCUAGCAACCCACCCAAUUGAUUUCUAGCAAACUUCGUAGCGCUUCGCACUUGUUACCUAUGGGAUUGAUUAUAUUGAUGGGUGUUUGACUCAGAGAGUGCUUGUUUUGUUUUGAACAUUGCAGUGAAUCUGAAAUGAAUGUAGCAACCGAUGUAAACUCUAAAACAUUACUUCCUGUCCUGAUUCCCGUCUCUGAAUGAAGAAAUUUUAUGUGAUAAUAGAAAAUAUGUGUUUUUAAUUAAAAAAUUUCUGUGUCAAAGUUCUUUUUUAAAAUUACCAGAAAGCAAUCAUGUCAUUGAACGAAAAGAAAUGUCCAAAACAGCUGCCUGACAUCUAUUUGACUGAAAGCAUUUGCAGAAGCAAAUCCUUUGGUGGUUUGUCUCACAGAAGAACUAAUUCCGCUGAUGCCACAUUUGCCUCUGCAAAAGAAGAUGUGUCUUACGAUGGGAGCUUAAGUAAAUCAUUCUAUAGUGGAUUUGAUCCAAAUUCUGCAUUAAAUUCUCCAAAAAGUUCUUCGUGGUCAUCAUGGAUCCAAACAAUUAAAAAGUCAAGUAGAUUAAACAAAUCUCCCCAACCAGAAAGAACUCAAUUGAUUUUUGAUACUAUUUGCAAAGGCUUACAUGAGAGUAUAAAGUUGGUACAAAGUGAGAUAUCAGAUUCACGUAUCGCUUUUGACAAUAUAUCAGUAUCUUCUGUUACGUCCCAAGGCAGACUAUAUGAAUUUGAGAAGCAAAUGAAAGCUAAUGAACGCUAUUUGAAAAAGUUGGAAUUUCAUUUAUCUAAGUUAGAUGAAUUAAAAGAACAAUAUGAUGUUCAACAGCGUAUUCGUGACGGUAUACGGACUAUGGGUUAUGCUUACAUUUUAUCUCCUGGUAAGCAAAAAGAAGCAGCCUUACAAAAAGUUAGAUCAGAAUUCAAAGAUUCCACUGAAAUUAUGUGUACUUAUGAAAAAAAGCUGGAAACUUUGAUGGGAACUCUCUUAUUUGAAAUGAUAGGCAUACAAGGUUUCGCUAGAAUAUGUGCUGGAGACGUUUUUGAAGUAACCAUAAAACACGGGGAUCAAAGGUGGAAAAGCCGAGGAAGAGUUGUAAAAAAUGGUGAGCAGAUCUGGGAGAAUAAAACAAUUUCAUUCAAAUCUUUUUUCCGUGAGCCUUUAAGUAUAAAAGCUGUUGAAGUUCGAGGAUUAGGAAAAAAUAUAUUGCUUGGAAAUAAAGUUUGUGAGACCAGAGAUUUGUUUUGUGCCCAUCCUCAACAGAUGACGAUAAACCUCAAUCCAUCUGGUUCUCUUAAAUUGAAUUUAAUAAUUACAUGGCAUCCUUUGAAUGCAGCUCAAGAUGGUAUGCCUUUUCAAAUGUCUCAUUCUAUUGGAAGGAAUAGCCACAGUCUUUCAAUGAUGCAUGAAUCUGAUCAAUUUUCUGAUUUUUCCUCUUCUGUAAAACAAAACUUGUUGCAAAACUCUUCUUUCUGUGAUAAUUCUGGUCUUAAUCAACCAGCACAAACUAAUGAGGAAAUUCCUAAAGCUAAUGAUACAAAAGUUAAGCAUUCUCUCAGUUGUGAUUCAGUGAAUUGUAGUUCCAAUUGUUUACUUCAAAAUGGAACUGAGUUAAAGAAGAAUUCAAAUCUUAAUGAUUCCCAGACAUGGUCUAUUCCAUUGAGUGAGGAUAUAUCAGAUUCUCAUAGUGUCUCACAAUCUGAAGUAACUUUGCCUGAAGUAUUUAAGUAUUUAACUUUGUUGUUAAAUGAAUUUACUGAAACUUAUGAUGAAAUAGUAGAAUUAGCUGCCUUCUUAGAAGAACUCAAUCUUCUUUUAAGAGGUAAAGAAUGCAAUACAUCUGGUUCAAAUGUCAGUAUUUCUGUUGAGAGUGCUCUGGGCUGCUUUGAUUUUUUAAAUACUGCCAUUGAAAAUGAAGAGCAAGAUACAUCAAAUGAUAGAAUGUCAGAAGAUGGUAAAAAUACAACAGACCAAAGUAACGAAGCAGUGGAACUUGAAAAACAGUUUCAACAUUUAGAUAUUUGUCCCCUUGCAUUAACUUCAGGCAAUGAAGAAAUUGAUAUUGUACUUACAGAGCAUUUAAGUUAUAUCACUAUACUUGUUUCUUCUGUUCAUUUUAAUCUUGAACCAUUCAAGUGUCUUCAAAAGUCUACCUUAGAGAAAAUUAGACGCCAAAUAGUUUGCCUUUAUGCUUUGACAGAUAACAUUAAAAAUGAAGCAUUUACUACUAGUGAUUUGUUUUGUAAGAAUCAAAGGAGCAUUUACCAACUGUGGACCAGUAUCUGUGGCAAUAAGAUGUAUUGCACAUCUGAUCAUUUUAGCCUUGAAAUGGAAAGUGUACUUAGAGCCAAAGCUGUCUUAGAUAAUUAUAUGGCAUCAACUGUGGCUCCAAGGUUAGUUUGUGAUAUUGUAGACUGUAAUGAGUUUGAUCCUGCAUUACGUGUGACUGUACUUCAUCUAAAGAACUUCUUUUGGGGUCACUUUACACCUGAUGAUCUUUUGGUGGAAUACGUAGCUGAUAGUCUUGCCACUGAAGAUUUGAAAUGUCAAGAUGUACAAAAAGCUUUUUGUGCUGUUUCAGUACUGUCUAAAAUCAUUCCUUCAACUCAUGCUCUAUUUCAAAUAGGUUGUUUUCUUAUAAACUCUAGUGUAGAUCUUAGAAAUAUUGCUGCUUCCUACUUAAGAGCGGUAUCUACCAAUGAAGAGUGGAAGGAAAAAGUUAUCUUUUCUUAUUUAAAAAUGAUGCAGCAAGAUAAUGCAAAACAUAGACUUAUCUCAUGUAAAGCAUUAGAAGUACUCGAGGUCAAGAAUAACAUAGGUGUUGAGCAGCUAUCUUUUCUGAUGAAUAAUGAUGAAGAUUCUGAUGUUCGCAAUGCAGCUUAUGCUGCUUUACUCAGCUUAGGAAAAGUGAAGUAAUUUAGUAAAGACUCGUGAUUUGUGACAUUACAUGCUUAAUAAAGAGUUAAUGUCUGAAGCUUAUUCAAUAAGAAACAUUCCCAAGCCUACAAGUGAUUAAAGUUUGAAAAACUAGCUUAUAGUAAAAAAUCAGUUUUUGCAGCAGAAGGGAGCUUACAUUUUUGUAUAUCAGUGAAAUCAUAUUUUUUUUCAUGCCAAAGAUACUAAUAUUUUAAAGUCAUUUUUGUAUUUUUAAUAAGUGUUUUAUGCUUUUGUUGCAGCUACUUAAUAUUGAAUUUAGGUUUGCUGUUAUUUGUGUUUUGUCAUUCAUUUUGUAAACUUAUUUACUUAUUGCAAUUCAUUUGAGAGAAAUUUGAAAUAUAGUCAUGCUUGCAAAAAUUUAAUUUGAUCCUCUAGUCAUGUUUAGGACACUCAGAGAAUUUUUUCCUACACUGUCACUAAAUUUUAAUGUUUGCAUUGUAUUCAGACGUAUGUUUGUGUUUUAGUAUUAAAUAUUUUAUUUAGCAUUUGGUAGCUUUUGUACUUCUAUGUUAAUAUUAUUUUAACAAAAUGAGAUUUGAAAUAUAUUUUUUCAAAUAGGUUUCUAAUUAUGAAAUAAUUAAUUAGAUCUGCAAAUAAAGGGCAAUUUAAUAAUACACUUUGCAACUGUGAUACAUGGCCAUUUUUUUAAAGAAAAUUUGCAAGAAAUAUUAAAUUUUUUGGAAUUUGUAAUAUAGUUAUAUAUUUACAUAUAAAUUUUACAGCAGUCUUUUGAGUUGAAAUUGUUUAUUUGCAUAUUGUUGGUACUAGCUUUGUAGGUUGUAGUAAUGUUUUGUUUUUGCAUAGUUUUAUUUAUUCUUUAAAUUUCUUUUUUACUUCAUUUUAUCUUCAAUAUUUUUUUU